AUGAUGGACGUUGGCAUGUAUGGCAAUCACUCAACCCACCCCGGGGGCUUUCAGAGCCCCGAUGCCACCUCCACCAACUACGCUUCCUACUUCCAAGCCACCCACCACCACCCUCCACCUCACUUGAGCAUCAUCCAGUCCAAUGUGGCCAGCUCUGGUGAGCAGGCCUCAGUGACCGAGCCGGGCUACUCGGGACAGGGCUCGGGCGCCCCAGCGGUGUCCACAGCCGGCGGACAUCUCUAUACAUCCCACCCGCACCUCUACAGUCCCUCAGCGGCGGAGUACGGAAUCACCACCACGGCCAACAACUCCCCCACCGAGGGCUUCUACGACACCGAGCAUCAGCCCUACUUUCCCCCGACGGCCACCAACGGAGGCCCUGGCGGCGGACCCUUGCAGGACUCCCACAUCAUCAGCUCCGACAAUGGGCUCAGCUACACCAACCUGGACUACAUUUACGGCCAGAACCACGGCACUCCUGGAGGAACUCCCAGCUCCUAUAUCCAGAGUGGCGAUGAGAAGGUCUCCCUGAGCCACUACCAGCUCGGAGAUGAGAUGCUGCCAUCAGCGACGGGCCAUCACGGCACGACUGGAGGUGGGAACUGGCACCAUCAUCAUCACCACUCUUCCUAUCUGGAGAAUUCAGUGAACCACCCUUUUGGGCUGGGGCAGAUCUCCAGCGGAAGCCAAGCGUCGGGCCAAAUGGGUCACAUGGCGUCUUCGGGAAUGCAGGGAUCACCUCCAGUGCAACACAUGCAGCAUGCCCAGGCGUCCCAUCAGCAACAGCAACAGCAGCAGCAAAAUCAACAAAACGUCACCACCUUCAAGUGGAUGCAAAUCAAAAGGAAUGUGCCAAAGCCCCAAGCCCCCAAAUUGACGCCACCAAUGCAGGAAUACAGCAAUCAUCCUGCUCAAACACUGGAUCCUUGCAGAGGAAUAUCAGGACUGGCAGGACUAAGCCUCACAGCCGGCUCUCAAGGUACCAACCCGCUGUUGAUGAACAACAACAACAACACAGGAAGGACAAACUUCACGAAUAAGCAGCUGACGGAGCUGGAGAAGGAGUUCCACUUCAACAAGUACCUCACGAGAGCGCGAAGGAUUGAGAUAGCCAACGCUCUGCAACUCAAUGAGACCCAAGUGAAAAUCUGGUUUCAAAACCGUCGAAUGAAGCAGAAGAAGCGAAUCAAAGAAGGUCUAGUCCCAGCAGAACCGCUCAGCCAAAGCCCAACCGGUACAGCAGCCUCCGCCACCAGUGACACAAACCUACCGGGCAGCAGUGAGAAUAGCAGAGAAUCAAAUUGAGUGCUCAGUUUAACAGUGCCCUCCCGCUGAAACGCACCGCGCCGGACAUGAGUGGCUUCCGCGUGGGGUGAAGUGGAGGACCUUGAGUCGAUUUCAAGCUAGUCUAAUGUUAUUUUGUGUUUUAUUUGCCCUAUUGUUCCUCACCCGGGGAACAGCUGUUAACUUAAGUAGAUGCAACAGAAGAUAACAAAUUUAUCACCCAAUCACUAUUUUAAAUUAUAAACUUUUAACGUGGAGAUAGUGUCGAGAGUUGAGGAUGGAAUAAAAUGAUAGAUCCAGUGGGAGAUAUCUGUUUCCGUAGACAGAGUAUAAUAGUGUUUUAUGUAAAUAUAGAAUUGCUGCAAUUCCCCAAAAAAAACAAGGCAUUUAAGUAGUUGGAUUUACAAUUAACAGUUCCUCAUACGAAUUUAGCAGUCAUAGGCGAGAGCAGAAAACUUCUUCAAGACAUUUCUAAACACCAUUGAUAAGUUGAUAAGGCGAGUCACAUACAAUCAAAUUUCCCAACCCUUAUUACAACUUUGGUAUUUUUCCUGUAAAUAGACAUUAUAUUUCCUAAGUAGUCACAUUUUUUGAGACAACAAAAGUAUUAAUAACGAGUUACUGGAAGUCAUAAUAUUACCAUGUAGUGAAAACUCUUAGUAUGUUUCCUCCUCAGGGAUUAAUGUACUAUAUAGC